AGGCUGAAGGCAAAAAGGAACUCAAGGACUUUGGAAGCGAACUUCGUCCAUACACAAACUUGCAGCAAACCAAACAUUCUUAAAACCAAGCAUUCAACUGUUCUAUCGGGGUGUUCAGUUGUUUGAUGACUUUUGUUGGUGCUUCACUCGUUUGUAGGCUAUAACCUUUAAAUUAAUAUUAAACGUUAGGAUAGGCCAACUAGAGGAGUUUCAUAGGUGAAACAGGCAGCGCUUCUCUCCGGCAACGCAUUUGCCAUAUUGGACACAGACAAUUUUUAUCAUUGCACACUCUCUCAAGAGGAAGAAAAAAGACGAUUAUAGUCCAUCGACAGAACUCCUUUUCGCCUUCAUGAAUGGUGAGCGCAAAUCUGUCAUGAAGGAUAUUUCUGCUGACUAUAUGUCAAAAUGUAUGGAUCCGUGAGCAAAAUGUUAAUCAAAUGUUUUAUUUAUGAAAUAACGACAUAUUCGUUUUCAUAAACGUUUUUAUAUAAACUGGGUAUAUAAUGUGUGGUUUAGGCUACAAACUUCUGACAAAAGACUGCUAAAUUACGCAAUAAGGCAAUCCUCCUAUUUUUUAGGCUCAGUCCUAUUAUUGCCUGACUGUUUUGUUAACUGGAAUAGGGCUAUGACUUUAAAUUCUUAUUAAUGUGGCCUAUUUGAUAAAUUCCGUUUUCUUAAACAUUUUUUCAACUCUGACGGCCUAUCAGCGUAAACGCCGUUUUUUGGACUAUGGAGAUUCCAGUUGGAUUAGGAGGAGUUUGUGACUCCCCAAACAUAGUUUUUCGCGGACCUUUCCAAAACGUUUUCCACAACGUGAAAGCUACACUGCCUAGUAACACUACUGUCACCGAAACCUUGGACUUUUCUAGUUCGUACAGUUUCAUGCAGAAUAAACACCCCUGGGAGAUGCGCCAAACUAACCGGCAAUCACCCCGAAAAGAAAUAUCGUCAGGGACGGCUCGCAAUUCUGACAUUGAAGUGAGGGAAGAUGACAGCAUUAGUUUUUCCAGAACACUCGAAUCGGAUGCAAGUCGUAUCCAUUUUGCCAAAAGCUCAACAGGAAACAAAACCGGGUUUUCCUCUGUGAACGAAUCAGACUAUCCAAACGCGAAUGGAUACGGAUCCUGUCGCUCUGGACCGUUAGCCUGCAACACUAAACAACAGUGCUGUCAACCAGCUGUGCCCCAUCACGGAGUGGAGUUAAGUCCUAACAGUUACGCCCGUGUGGCGAACAGUUGUUCCAAUUCUGCCUGCACCACCAUAUCAGAAACGGCGAGGGAGCUCUGCAACGCUGUCUCUGUGUCGCUGGGAUUGACCAUGGACUUGAAUGAGAUGAAUGACCUGGGACCAAAUUACGCACCAUCCAGUGCAAAUGACCAAAGUCAAGGCAACUAUUUGUUUCAGGUGCCUCUAUUGAAUUGUUCUGGAGCUGAAGAAAACGUCUCCAUUACAGAAUACAAAUGCCCUAGUGAGCGCAAUGCCAGGCCACUACAAAGUGAUAAACGAGUUGAGAUGUUUAAAAGUUCCCCAGCAAAUGACCUUACAGAAGAAGUGGCGACCAUGGAGCACCUUAGCUCCAGACAUCCAUCCACAGAUGAACAGGACUUUAGACUGAAUGAAAAGAGUGAUGACCCGACUUCAAAAGAAACAGAGAAUUCUUUGAAUACAAGAGCACGCUCUGCAUCUUGUCAUUUUGACCCACUGUUGCCAGCACACUUGGCACACUUCAGUCAAACUGACCCAGACAGAUUCUCGUCUCAUGUCAUCCCAGCACAUGUCUGUGAAACUGGAGAAACAAUGGAGGACAAAUAUGCUGACUACUUACAACAACAGUACAGUGUCAAGAUAAAAUAUGAGGCCAUUAGUAAUGAACCUGCCGGAACGUCAUGGGGCUAUCAGUACAACAGGUAUAAUGACAAUGACAACACACAAUAUGGACCGAGGCAGGGUAUGAAUCCAUACAGUGCGGGACCAGACUCCGCGUUCAUUUGUAACCCUUAUGAAUAUGAGCGGGGUGGUGGUCUGGUGCGCAGAGAUCGGCCAACUUCUGAGCAGUGGUACCCGGGCGGGAUGCUAGGGAGGAUGCCCUAUCCCAACUCCCCGUACUUAAAGAAUGAGGUCGGGGACUGGCUGGAUGUCUCUUACACAGAUGCCAGGUUUGAGGGUGGCAGAGACCACAUGUUCCCCAUGGAGUUCUUCUUCCCGCCCCAGAGGACCUGUCUGAUCUGUGCAGAUGAAGCAUCUGGCUGCCACUAUGGAGCGCUAACCUGUGGCAGCUGCAAAGUGUUCUUCAAGAGAGCUGCAGAAGGUAAACAGAAAUACCUGUGUGCCAGCAGAAACGACUGCACCAUCGAUAAGCUGAGACGGAAGAACUGCCCAUCAUGUCGACUGAGGAAGUGUUUUGAAGCUGGGAUGACCCUCGGAGCACGUAAACUGAAGAAGAUUGGACAGCUGAAGAGCCCGGAGGAGGAUCUGCCCACCCAAGGCCCCACUGAUGCCAUCCAGUGUGUCUCUCCCCAGUCCGGCCUGACCUUCCAUUCCCAGCUGGUGUUCCUCAACAUCUUGGAGUCCAUCGAGCCAGAGGUGGUUAAUGCGGGACAUGACCAUUGCCAACCGGACUCAGCUGCACUGCUGCUCACCAGCCUCAACGAACUUGGGGAGCGCCAACUGGUCAAAGUGGUCAAGUGGGCCAAAGGCAUGCCAGGUUUUCGGAAUCUGCAUGUGGAUGACCAGAUGACAGUAAUCCAGCAUUCAUGGAUGGGGGUGAUGGUGUUCGGCUUGGGAUGGAGGUCCUACAAAAAUGUCAAUGCCAGAAUGCUCUACUUCGCCCCAGACCUUGUUUUCAAUGACCAUCGGAUGCACAUCUCCAGCAUGUUCGAGCACUGCAUACGGAUGAGACACCUCUCCCAGCAGUUUGUCCUGCUGCAAGUCACUCAUGAAGAGUUCCUCUGCAUGAAGGCCCUGCUCCUCUUCAGCAUCAUUCCAGUCGAUGGUCUUAAGAGUCAGAAGUACUUUGAUGAAUUGCGGCUGACCUACAUCAAUGAACUUGAUCGCGUCAUUAACUAUGGAAGGAAGUCCAACUGCUCUCAGAGGUUCUAUCAGCUCACCCGCCUCCUGGAUUCCCUCCAACCGAUCGUGAGGAAACUCCAGCAGUUUACAUUUGAUCUGUUUAUCCAGGCCCAGUCUCUGCCCACCAAGGUCAGCUUUCCAGAGAUGAUUGCCGAGAUAAUCUCAGUGCAUGUGCCAAAGAUCCUGGCAGGCUUGGCCAAACCAAUCCUUUUCCACAAGUAGCAAGUAGCAGGAUUUGCCAUCCUCCCGAGAAAAUCUGAUCCGAUCCAAGCUGACUCUAUAACCCUACAGAGCCAGGGCUCUUGGUUUCUCUGCCAUUGUUUUCUCUCUCUCAGCUACUUUUCUUUUUUAUCGAAUAGCUCAACGUACCAUUUUUAAAUCAUUACAUCAUCACAGUAGUUUAGCUGCUUAUCAGACAUAAUUGAGAUCAUUUUCUCAAAUAGGCAGCAAGGUUUUAGCAUUUAUAUCAAGAGUUGCAAGGUGUCACCGUGUUGACGGCCCUAUCUGUCCUGUAUUUCAAGAACAAAUAUCACACAAGACCAGUGGGGUUAUGUCAAAUGUAAGAAACAGAAGAAUACCAUUCGUUGACUGAAUGAAAAUAAAACGAAUAAAACUAAAUAAUAAAACUAACAAAUGCAGAAAUUGUUAAAAAUAUCUAUGCAUAUCUUUACUUUUGGAACUUUCAUGAGAUUGUGCUAUGUUCAUUUAAAAAACAACUACCAAAAGGAAUGUGGAAUUAGUCGUUUACAGCAUACUCACAUACAUACACAAUAGUCUAUCUGUAUUUACUAGCUAAAUUGCAUAUAUAUAUAUACAACGCAUACAUCACUACAUUUAUUGUACAGUACUUACAACUUUCUUGCUAGUUAUUUAGUCAGUGAACAAACAAUACAUUCUAAUGGUACGUCAUAAUUUCAUCUGAUUAUGGGAAAUGUUGUAAUAAUUCACCCAAACGUGACUUAGUAAUUAUAGACACACAGAGUGAGACAAUUGCAAAUAAUACAUUUUCAGACAUAUUUAGUGGCAGUGGAUCUUUAAAAGUAUACUAUGAAGAUAUAGUAUGAAACCUGCUACAACUUGGCUGCACAUUCUGUCUCUUCAUGUAGUAUCAGGAGGCCAAAUGAUUUGGUCAAACGGAGCAUACCCAUAAUCUCUCAAUGCUGAAAAUGCUCUUAUAAGGUUUAACAUGGCCUGAAUAUUUUCAUUAUUUAGUUCAUGCUCCAUGUGUUUGUAGAUGUUAGAAUGCUUCGAUCUUUAUUGAAAACAAUGCAUGCCAGGUGUACAUUUUGCAAGUUCAGUGCAGCUAUGAUAGUUAUUGUGUUCAGAGUAAUCUCCAAUCUGCCAUUCUACCUGUAAAAGCAUGUUGACAUUUCAUUAGUUUAGAUUGAGUCAAGUCAAAUAUUACCGCUUUUUUCACAUUAUUUCUUAUUAAGACAUCGUCUUUUCUUGAUGAUUCAUUCUGGUUUUGCAGUUAAGUGCCAAACAGGGACAUUUUAUUCUCUGCACUAGCAAAACAUUCUGACAUUACACCAUUAUUAUACCAAAACAAGUCUUUUUAUACAAUAAUCUGUACUUUUGCUUGUUUCAAAAAGUAGUGAAAAACCACAAAAACAAUCAAGAAAAGCUCUGUUAUAAGAUCCAUAACAUGCAAACUAUGUUUAAACUAAGUGAGUGUGGUCUUUUUGUUCAGAUACCUCAACAAAAAUGUCAACAGGUGCUAAACUAUGGGAUUCAAUGAUAGCACGGGAUAGUCCCUGACUUUGCUUUUAUAUGCCAACUGUAUCUUAAAUUGCUACAUCAAAUCAAACCGUUUCAUAUUUUAGACUAGGUGAAAUGCAUUGUCAUAUUUAGAAAUUAAUUUAAAUGCCUUUAAAAUGCUGAAAUCUUCAUGCAAAUAUCUGGAAAACAGCAAAACUCCAGAAAGGUCACAUGUUCAUGGCCUCGACAUCUGAUUGAACAAAUGGUGGUUCAACAUUGGCUGAACCAGUAAUGUUAAAUGGAGUUUGCUGGGAAGCAUCUUGACGCUCUAAAUACUAUAGGCUGUGGAAAGAAUGGGUUGUCAGAAUACACUUUACGUUUGACAGCCACAAGCACUAUGCAAUUACUUGCAGGUGUUUACCCAUUUAUAACAACACCAUAGCUGCUUAAUUAGAAUAUAUGACUCCAGACUGAAACCUAGGCCAAGUUGAAAGUGCUUUAUAGAAAAAAAGUGACUGUUAAUAUUUGUCCCUAAAUAGACCACAUCAAACCUACAACAGGUAGCACUUACUGUAAUCAAUUAGUGUUACAAUACACAUGCUUCUCAGAUUUUAAGCAGUGAUUGCUUGCACCUUUCUUUGCCUGACACCAUAAAAAUGUCCAGGGAUGAAUCAAAAGAUAAUUUGACAGCAGUAGUUUUUGUUGUUGUUCUGUCACCAUAAAUGGCAAUAACAUGCAUCCUUCACAACAAUUGCACUCAUUCUCAGACACAUGCAUGUGACGCAUGCAAGAAUGGAAGCGUUAGAACUCCAGUCUACUCUGGGCAUGCAGAAAACCAGUCAAUUAUAGUGCUGUUAUAUAUUUCUUCAAUAGCUUGUGCAUAAAAAUCCAAAUCAACUGUAUACAUUGUGACUUAAAUCCUUUAACGCAUAUUACCAUUAGUCAAUUGAGACCAUAAUCAAAUGCAUUUGUACAAAUGUAAGUUCAAGUUGUUGUUGUUCUUGUGUUGUGAGGAACUUUACUUGUUGACCACCAUAAUUCUUAUAAAUGUACUGCAAUAAUAUGGAUCUCAAUUCAAUGAAACCACAUUGCAAUAUUCAAGCAGUAGCACAAAUCUAAACAUACCUUUUCCGUUAUAAACAAAAUGGCAAAAUGGUUUUGGUAGAAACAGCAGGUAGUGCUUUCAGUUUUCAGACACGUGUGCAUGACAGCAGUUGUGUAAACAAGGAUACUGCAUAAAUAUUGCUAUGGCAGAUUUAAUUGAAUUCGGCCCUAGGUUACAAUUGCCCAUCUGAAAACAUCUGAUCUUUUCUCGUCGUAGAGACAUUGGCUAUGCCUACAUAAAAGCAAUAAAACAAUUAAUUUGAAUAUUGAUAAGAAAAUGUUUUAAUACAUCAGAUGACAAUUUGUAAAAGUCAUGGGCUCAUACUUUACAUUGGUAUUGUCGUAUUCCUUUGUUAAUCAUCUUGAUAAUAAAAUAUCCUCAUUACAGGGUUUUCCUUGAAAGAACAUCCCAAAUCAGAGACCUUAAAUCAGCAAAAAAUAUUUCUAUGAGUAGUAAUUCAAUAUUAAAGCCAUAGAUUUGCCUUAAAAAGCAUAGAGAUUUUGUACCAUAUAUUAUUUUAGAUUAAUAUAUGGUACAAUUGUUAUGAUUCAAUUGUCUGUAAAGUAAAAUUAUCAGCAGUUGUGUCUACCAUACUGAUUCCACAUUACUUAACUUGAACUCUGAGGUAAAUGACAAGGUAAAUGAGUUGGUAAAAUAGUUUCUGAUUUAAGGAAAAUAUCACAAAGAUAAAGCUAUUUCUCUUCAUACAGCCAGUAGUCAUGCUCUGACUGCUUUGUUUAUCAUAUAAAACAUUUUCAACAUGCCUUUUAGAUUGACUUGGAGAACAGAAUUGCACUGCCAAGCAAUAAACAAUUUGCCAUAAUAAACUUUACUUUAAAUGUACCAUGGUAGACCAACAUUGAAUCAUAAUGACAAAAUCUAUUUCAAGAAAAUCCAGUUCCUAGAAUUGAUGCUUUCAUACUGUUGUUAUUAGUGGUAAUGCUGGUAUGUAAAAUGUUAUAUAUAAGUAAAUUACAUCACAAGUAUAUUAAAAUGUCAAAAUGGACACAGCUGUAUGUAUUUAUAAACCAUAUUAGCCUGGUUUUGUGUAAAUGGUACAAUGACUUUGUGCACAUGUAACUGAUUUUAAAAAAUUAUUGGGAAAUCAAUUGUUAAUGCUUUUUAACUACCUUCUGUAGUAUUGACGAUGUACUCUAUGUGUUUUGUGCGAUUUUUUUUUUAACUGCAAACUUGCAUAACUUUUUAAAGAUAUUUGAGGCAAUUCUGACCAUCAAAAUGAUGUUACCUAAUAUUUGAAAGUUUGUAGUAUUUCUACAAUUUAUCAUGUGAAGUGACUACUAGUGAAUGUGUCAUUAUUUAAAAAUGCCCCACCCCCUCCACCCAUAAUCUGUAAAUUGAUUGUUCAUUUUCAGCUAUUGAUAUGAAUUGUGUCAGAUAAGUCUUAGUGUAAAUCGGGUUUUGUUUGUUUGUGUUCCUUUGCAUAUUAUUAAAAACGAUAAAAAAUGUA